AUGACAGAAAUUCACCGCAGAGUUUUGUCAAACAAAGGGCCAGCUAUAAUUUUUGAGAAUGUUGUUAAAGAAAAUGGUAAAAGCUCGAUCCCUGUUUUGGUGAAUUUAUUUGGUACUAUUAAGAGGAUUGCAUUGGGUUUGAACAUAAACCCUGGUGAACUAAGAGAUCUUGGUAAACUUUUAGCAUUUUUGCGAUCACCUGAGCUACCAAAAAACUUCAAAGAUGCUGUGAAAAUGUUUCCUUUACUAAAAGUUGUAUUGUCGAUGCGAAGUAAAGUUGUGAGCAAGGCUCCAUGUCAAGAAGUGGUGCUAACUGGGGAUGAGGUGGAUCUUAGUUUGCUAUCUAUUCAAAAAUGCUGGCCAAAUGAACCUGCACCACUUAUCACCUGGCCAAUUGUGGUGACAAAAGGCCCAACGGAAGACAAGCAAGAUAAUUUCAAUAUUGGAAUAUAUCGUAUGCAGGUUAUAGAUAAAAAAACGACUAUAAUGCGCUGGCUUGCACAUCGUGGUGGUGCAGGUCACCACAAACGAUGGAAACAGAAGGAACAAAAUAUGAAAUUUCCUGCUGCUGCUGCGAUCGGUAGUGAUCCUGCAACAAUUAUUGCUGCGGUAACUCCAGUGCCAGAAACAUUGUCAGAAUACCAAUUUGCUGGGUUACUGCGCAAAAAACCGCUUGAGCUUGUAAAUUGUAAGACUAUUCCGCUUCAAGUGCCAGCUCAUGCAGAGAUUGUUCCGGAAGGCUAUGUAAGUUUGGAUAGAUAUCAAGAUGAAGGGACAUACGGAGAUCACACCGGCUACUAUAAUUCUGUUGAGCAAUUUCCAGAAUUUAAUAUUACUGCAAUUACUAUGCGCAAAAAUCCAAUUUAUCUCAGCACUUUCACUGGCAAGCCACCUGAUGAAACAUCAAUUCUUGAUGAAGCGCUCAAUGAAAUCUUUGUGCCCAUUCUUAUCAAUCAAUUUCCAGAGAUAGUGGAUUUUUACCUACCACCAGAAGGUUGUUCAUAUAGAAUAGCGGUGAUAUCGAUAAAAAAGUCUUAUCCAGGGCAGGCAAAAAGAAUUGUUAUGGCCAUACUUUCCUUUCUAAAGCAAUUUUUAUACACGAAGUUUACUAUCGUUGUUGAUGAUGAUAUAAAUAUACGCGAUUGGAAGGAAGUGAUAUGGGCAAUAUCAACGAGAAUGGACCCUGUGCGUGAUACAAUCAUGAUAGAAAAUACACCUAUUGAUUAUUUAGACUUUGCUUCCCCUGAAAGUGGCCUGGGAGGUAAGAUGGGAUUUGAUGCAACAAAUAAAAUCCCGCCUGAAAAUGAGUGA